AUGGAGGCCGAUCUGUUUCGGCUCUUAUUCGCCGAUCAUCUUCAAGACGCCAUUUUCAAGAAGGAUACAGAGAAUUUAGUAAAUUUCGCUCGUUUUCUUGCCGCUUUUUUUGCUGAUCUGCCUAUAGUUUGCCCAGAAGACCGCGAGAUAAAGGAAUUUCCAAGUCUGUGGAGGCUUGCUGAGUAUGAAGAAAGCGAUUACGGUAAGAUGACUAUAAUGUUUUGAUGAUUUUUCUGGUCACGUUUUUAGACAAAUCCAAAUACAAAAAGCUUCAAUCCGACUAUGUUUCGGCUAAUAUUCCUCCAACUUACUCGCCAGCUUUGCCAGUCCAACUUUUGUGUUAUACUGGGCAUCUAACUGAAGCUUGUUUGUAUAUCGAUCAUUUCAACGACCUCCGGUCACAACUAAUUUUACGGGUGUUGGCGGAUGGUCAAUACGGGUAAGAUCAGUGCAUUCUAUGUAGAACAAAAUGAAUCUCUCUACAGCAAAGCCCUUUUAUAACAAAAAUUUAAAUUUUUUUUGGUAGUUCGUCGCUUACAACUCGUUGUACUGAGCCUUGACCACAGUAAAAUUGUGAAAAAAUUGAAGAAAUUUUUAGGUUAAACCUCACGCAACAACAUAUCCAUCAGAUAUUUAUUCACGAUUUUAUCGACACCCUGACUUUUGAACAAAUUCAAGAUGAUCAAAUCAAACUUAUGGUAGAAGUAUUUACCAAAUUAUCCACACUUUUCGACCUUUCCUGGCUUUAUUCGCUAAUCGAAGGUCUUCUCGAUCGAUUAAGCGACAUUUCCGAUGGACUUCCGGACGAUGUAGACGCCAGCGUCAUGGUAAAAUACACUAUAUUUUAUUUAAAUUCCUUUAGCUUCCUCGACCUCCGGUGUUCAUGUUGCCUGGUCAAGAGACGGGUGAAAUCCCGGAAUUAAUCCAAUGGAGUGUGAUUUACAAGCUUAUCAGAAGCUUUUUGCACAUUUUGCAACGGGCCAAUUGGCUGAAGAGCUUGUCCGGAGGCCUGUUGAAGAGGAUCUGGAAGGUGAACCCACAUUUUACAGUAAGGAUCGAGUGAACUUUGUUAAACUGGAGACUUUCCGGACGGACCAGUAAACACCUGUAAUAACAGACGUCUGGAAAAGAAUUUUGUUUACCUGUCUGUCCGAAGAACUGACAAGUUUCCGGAGUUAGAGAAGCUUUUGAAAAGGCCUUCUGGCAGUGGUGAUUGGUCCAAAAGUUUUUUGUUUUCAGGCGACAAUGACAAACGAUGACUUUGAAGACGAACUUGGGGAGAAUCUCCACGAGUCUAUGGAGAGUAUUGUCAAAGAAACGCUUCGUUUGUCCUACCGUGAUCAAGCAGCAAUUCUUAGACGAAGAGGAGCAACUGAGGUAAAAUACGUCACUUAAAUACAUAUGUUUUUUUCGAAAUUUUCAGCCUGAACUUGCCCAAAUUUACGAAAAGUCUCAGAAAAUUCGUGAUGACUCUGAAUGGAUGAGCUAUCUGGACUCCGAUGACAUUGAUGAGAUUAUGAAGACGUUGCGGUUGUUUGAUGACAUUAUUGAGGAAAAAGAAUGGUAAGUUUUACUAGAUAUUAAUGUUCAUUGUCCUCCAGGUACCUCCCGCCUUUGUCCGAGAGCACUGUGGAACAAUGGAAGGCGGCAAUGUUUACAGAAGUUAAAGUCGCCAGUGCCAGACGGUCUUCGAAUGAAUUGAAUGUUUUGGAAGAGGAGAACAAAAUAGAGAUCGCCCAAAAAGACUUCCUUGUUCUGGACUACAUUGCCAACACUUUGCCUUUUAUUUCUCUGCCGGAUUCGAGUUUAAUCGGGAUCACUUUGAAGCUCAAGCCUUCAGACAUCUGCAAAGUGAAACCUCAGUCAUUCUACCCACAAAGCACUCCUCGAAAUCCCUCUACAGUAGUUGAAAAAGAGCCCGCCAGGCGUCCUCUACAAGCGUCUCUGGGCGAUCGGAUUCGCCAAAGUUUGCGGCGGUUAGGAGGGAAGCCGGCAACAGGUAUCCCCAUGGAUAAUAUCGAUGAUAUUGCGAAGAAUCUGGAGGAUUCUGAAAUUGAAAAGCAGUUGAUCGAAGAGAGGGAGUAUUUGAGUAAUAUCAAAAAAGAUCCGGAGAUUCUACAGGCCUACAGAUCAAGAGUGAUCUCCGAUUUUCGGCCGAGGGUAAUCCCAAAUUUUGAAAAACUACGAAAGCUCAAAUUGGCCAAAAGCCCUGGCCUGAAGAGGAAGACUGUUAGCAAAAAUUUUGAUGAAAAUGUCAACGAUGAUUUUAACUUGGAAGGAAAUUUAUCGGAUGAAUUGAAAGCAAUCAGCGCAAGAUUAUCCCAUUUGAAGACCAAAUGGAGCGGAACCCCCGAGGAAAUCAUGAAGUAUGCAGACUCUGGUAUUUCGUAUAACCAUAGAAGCACAUCAGACGUCAAACCAAUUAUUAGGACUUCAAAAUCAAUGGGAUUUUCUAACCCUUCGACGUCAAAGAUUGAUUUGCUAGAAGACAUUGUCAUGGAUAAGAUGAACUAUGAACAAUAUGCCAAGUUCAAGCCGUCUACUUCAAAGUCCAUGGACUUUUACAGUAGCAAAAAGACUCAUAAGCCUGAAACUCCUUGGAAAUUCGAUGACUUGAGCUCAGGAAUCUCUAGCAGCUCGAUUUCGCCAGAUUUGAGUGAUCGGAAGAAGGUGUAUAAAACUAGGAAAUUCUUGGAGAAGGAGCACAACAAGGUGUUGGAGAGGCAAAACAAAGAUAGAAGAGACCAAAAGGCUUCAGAAUCCGAUGAUGACAGUGGACUAAAGAGUUCAAAAGAUACGAAAAAGCUCUCUGAUCUUGAUCGGCCACCAAUUGAUCAUGGUGAAUAUAAACCCGAAGAGCAGCUGAGAUAUGAGUUGAAUUAUACAAACGAGUAUUAUGAAGAUGCUCCACAGGCUCUAGACAUGAUAUUGGAUAAAGAGGAAUUGGUGCCCGAGGAAAUCCCAGAGCCAGAUACUCCAAGUUCCAUUGGGAAGUUGGAUUUGUCGUUGUUGAGUGAUAGGCAAGAAGAGAAGGCCAAGAAGAAAGGAACCAAUGAUUGGACAGAGGUCAAGGUGUACGAUAGGUCUCCGAAAAAGUCUGCGAAACCAAGACAACCACAAAUGGUGUUACCAGAUUGGCUGAGGCUACUGCCAUACGAGGAGAAGGCAACGUCAUCGAGAUUGUUGAGUUUGACGGCGGAAAAAGGUAAGAAAUUCGAUUAUAACUGACAGUUGAAGUACAUCAAGGUAUAAAUAAGAUGUGUAUUUUGAGCAUUAGGACUUUGUUAUGCCUAAUUUUGCUUUCAAAUUUUUUUCUUUUUCAGACUCAAAAUCUAGGUCAUCCCGGACCGGGCGCAAGUCCAAAAGUCCCUAUUUGAAUAUCAAAGAAGCUAUUCGAGAUAGCGGAUACUUGGAUCAGACUUCAAGGAGUUCAAAAAAGCAACAAACGGUGAUUCCUCUGCAAACGAUGAUUCAUGAUGACAAUGUCUUCGAUAUGACUGAAGAGCAGGUUAACAAGUUGAUUAUGAAUUCAUGA